AUGCAGGUGUAUUGGGACCUUCAUUCCACACGGUUUCUCGUGCUGGCCGCCGCUGUAUUAGUUAUCUCAUUCAUUUUUACCAGAAUUCACCGUUUCCUCAAACACCGUCAGUUCGCACGUCUCCACGGCUGUGAGCCAGUUACAUACUGCAACUAUGAGCCUUUCCUAGGGCUUGAUAGGCUCUAUCAUUUUAUUCGUAACCGCUGGGACCACAAUUACCUUGAGACCAGUUGCAAAUUUCAACGUCAUUUCAAUUAUACCUUUGGAUUGAAAGAGCUGUUAAAUAAUAUCAUUUUGACGACAGAGCCCGAGAAUAUCAAAACCAUCCUAUCGAUUAACUUUAAGCAUUAUGGUAUCGGGCACCGUCUCGAAGUAUUUGAACCUCUACUAGGAAGAGGCAUCUUCGACACCGAUGGCGACCAAUGGGCCAUAUCCCGUGCCCUCAUCCGGCCCAACUUUACCCGCGACCAAGUAGCAGACUUGACAUCAUUCGAGGACUUGAUUCAAGACUUCUUCGCAUUGAUUCCGCGGGAUGGGCAGACUAUGGUGGACCUGCAGCCACUCUUUUUCCGCUACACUAUGGAUUCCGCGACUGAAUUUCUGUUUGGACAGUCUGUCGGUAGCCUGCGGAUGAACGAGUCGGACCUCGGAUUCUCACAAGCAUUCAACUAUUCGCUGCAGUCCAUCAUGGUGAGGGGUUCUCUAGGGCCUUUUAAUCGAUUUUACCGCGACCGAAAGGCUGAGGAAUGCAAUCGUAUCUGCCGAGAGUUCGCGCAGCAGUUCGUCGAGGAGGCGAUCCAUACAGUUCGAUCUGAAAAGGAUGUAGAUAGUAAAGACCCCGAGAGGAAGCGCCAGAAAUAUAUCUUCUCGCAUGAACUGGCACGACGCACAUCUGAGAAGCGCCGCAUUACGGACGAGCUCAUGAAUGUGCUACUGGCCGGCCGUGAUACCACAGCCAGCAUGCUAAGUAAUUUGUUUUUCAUGUUAGCCAAACACCCAGCUGUUUGGGCCAAGUUACGCAAAGAAGUGACUAGCUUGGAAGGCCGGUUGCCCACGUAUGAAGAGCUGCGCGGCCUAAAAUAUCUCAAGUGCUGUAUGAAUGAAUCGCUGCGUCUGCAUCCAGUAGUGCCACUGAAUGAUCGCGAGGCGCUACAAGAUACCGUUCUACCGGUUGGAGGAGGCAAGGACCACCUCUCGCCGGUCUUCAUCCCCAAGGGCACCAUAGUCGGUUACAAUGUAUAUGCCAUGCACCGACGGACAGACUUCUACGGACCCGACGCAGAAGAAUUCCGUCCAGAGCGCUGGGAGGACGGGCGACUGCAGCCGCGCUGGGAGUAUCUGCCUUUCAAUGGGGGGCCACGUAUCUGUGUAGGCCAGCAAUAUGCCUUGACUGAAGUUGGAUAUGUCACUACCCGAAUGGCGCAAGAAUUUGAGACUUUGGAGAGUUGUGAUCCUGGGCCGUGGGAAGAAUCACUGACUUUGACGUUAUGCUCCCGCAAUGGGACCAAAGUAUGUGUCCGUCCGGCCUGA